UCUAGAUUUACUUGGGGGUCGUGUGCCUUAGGAAAGAAGAGAGGGACCAACAACAGAACAGCUCCUUUUCCUCAUAAACUCAUUACAAUUACAUCGCCGGAUUUUGGAUGUUAGCACUGUGAUUGCUUGAGCUCUUGUACUGCUUUCAUCGUUUGAAAAGUACAAAGAAAAUCAGCAACGCUCUGUGCAGAUAACAUCUAGUUUCUGCUGGAUUCUCCCACUCUACUGAGUCUGGUCCUGUUGAUGGUCUUCUGACAACCAGUGACAGUAACAGCAUUUCACACAUCUCGCAGCAGCAGCUGAAGCUCCAUAGGCAAGCUUUUCUUGAUCCAGAUCUUUGUCAAGUUUCGCUGACGCGCUCACGGUCAAAACAUUUUCAGGACCAAGGUCUGAGUAACAAUAUGGCAACUGAUGAACUUGCUGCGAAACUCAAUCGGAGGCAGAUAAUCAACGAGGAAGAGGAGGGUAGCGUGUCUCUCCCUUCCACGAAUGUCUUCAACCCUUACACAGAGUUCAAAGAGUUCAGCCGUAAACAGAUCCAAGACUUUCAGAAAACUUUCAACAAGUACGAUGUUGGCAAAGACAAGUUCAUUGACCUCAUGGAGCUGAAGCUGAUGAUGGAGAAGUUGGGCGUGCCGCAGACGCACGUGUCGCUCAAGAACAUGAUCAACGAAGUGGAUGAAGACCACGACGACAAGAUUAGCUUCAGAGAGUUCCUGCUGAUCUUCCGCAAGGCAGCGGCGGGGGAGCUAGAGGAGGACAGCGGCCUGUACGACCUCUACAAGAACAUGGACGAGAUCGACGUCGACGCCGAGGGGGUCAAGGGCGCCAAGAACUUUUUCCAGGCGAAGAUAGAGCAGCAGUCCCAGAGCUGCAAGUUUGAGCAGGAGAUCCGGGAGGAGCAGGAGGAGAAGAGGAAGCAGGCGGAGGAGGCCAAGGAGAGGAAGAAGGCGUUCAAGGAAAAGGCCAACAUGUUCAAACAGGCGUGAGGGAGGAGAGGAGGAGGAGGAAUGUGUAUCUCCCCACAUCUCUCAACGCGUUCGGGGGGUUUUGUCAUGGUGUAAAUUUAUUUUGGUAUUUCCAUUGUCGCACCCAAGAGAGCUGAUGUCACUUUCCUUUCUUGUUAUUUAUUUUCAGGAUUUCCGUUUCUUUUUAAAUUUCAGAACUUUUGAAGGAUUAUAUUCAUCAAGGCUUCUCAUGCACCACCACAUUCUGUUUGGUUUUUCUGUAUCACUCGAGAAAGCUGCUGCCUUUUUCCAUUUUCUUCUGAAGUAUUUGUGUAUCGUGUUCCAACAAACACGAGGAACGAAAAACGUAUAUUCCUGCAUCCCACUCACACACACACACUCUAUGUUUAAGCCAUUUGAGUCCAUUUUUUUGUUUUAUGAUUUAGUUUGAACGAUUUCCAUUUCUAUUUCUGUAAUCCGUGAGAAUAAUUAUGAG